ACAUCCAUUCACAGUAAACUGGAACAAGGAGUCACUGUCAGUGACAGUCAGUCAUUAUUAAUGCGCUGGAGAAUGGCUGUUGCCGGCUGUAGUCCGCUUGUGCUCAUCGCUUUUGUGGGGCUGGUGUGCGGCUUCCCGCCGGGUCAGUGGCUGAAUGUCUCACCGGAGGAACCCGAGAUGAAGACCCUGGCGGAGAUCGCUGAGCGGGAGUACAACAGCGGCAGCGGCCAGGAUGUCAUUUACCGGCCACUGCGCAUCACUGAUGUCCGCAAGCAGUUGGUGUCUGGAAUAAAGUAUGACUUUACUGCUUUUCUGGGACGCACAUUGUGUAAGAAAGGUAAAGAAGAGGUUCUUGAUAAUUGUCAGCUUCACAACCCAGCUCAGCUGAGGGGCGUGAAGUGUAAAUUUUCAGUGUAUACUAUCCCAUGGCUAAACGAGACCAACAUUUUACACCAAGCAUGUUCACAAGAAGGCUUUCUAGCGGAUUUGAGUGGUAUGGAACCAUCUACAAAACAAGACACUCUAUCAACAAUAGCUGAGGAGGAGCUCCUUGAAACACUAUCAUUAUUUAAGGAGUUUGUGACAACCUACAAUAAAAAAUAUAAAGAUGACGAAGAAGCUGUCAGUCGUCUUCGCAUAUUCUCUGAAAAUAUUAAGAAGGCAAAGGAGAUUCAGGAAAAGGAUCAAGGAACUGCUGAAUAUGGCAUCACUAAAUUUAGCGAUCUGACAGAGGAUGAGUUCAGAACUCUGUACCUGAAUCCUUUACUCUCCAUCCAGCCUCCUCGCCCUAUGAAGUUGGCUGUGGUCCCAAAAGACCCUCCUCCGGCAGAAUGGGACUGGAGAGAGCACGGAGCUGUCACUGAUGUUAAGAACCAGGGCAUGUGUGGGUCAUGCUGGGCUUUUUCCGUAACCGGAAAUAUUGAAGGACAGUGGUUCCUGAAGAAAGGCUCACUUGUCUCUCUCUCUGAGCAAGAGUUGGUGGAUUGUGAUUCAGUAGAUCAGGCCUGCGGAGGAGGUCUUCCAUCAAAUGCAUAUGCGGCUAUUGAGAAGCUGGGAGGACUAGAGAAUGAAAUUGAUUACAGCUACGAGGGGCACAAGGACAGAUGCAGCUUCUCCACCAACAAGGUUUCAGCUUAUAUCAACAGCUCUGUGGAGAUCCCUAAGGAUGAGACACAGAUUGCAGCCUGGUUGGCUCAGAAUGGACCGAUCUCCAUAGCUCUUAAUGCAUUUGCAAUGCAGUUUUACCGCAAAGGGAUUUCUCAUCCGUUCCGUAUAUUGUGUAGUCCUUGGAUGAUUGACCAUGCUGUGCUGUUAGUGGGAUACGGGGAACGUGAUGGGAAACCCUUCUGGGCUAUCAAGAAUAGCUGGGGAGCAGAUUGGGGAGAGCAGGGUUAUUAUUAUUUGUAUCGUGGAACUGGAGUGUGUGGCAUGAACACAAUGUGCAGCUCUGCUGUAGUAGAUUAGUCUCCUCUGCAAGAUCCUGUCAUCCUUAUAUUGACGUUAUGCUGUUCCUGGAGGUGUCAUUAUGUAUGUAAAUGUCUGUACGCCUCCCACUAGGACUUCAAGUUAACGAAGAUUCAGAAUAGAAUAUCAUUAAGUCACAUAUGCUCGUCCUUACAGAUCAUUGGACCACAUUUAAUUUUAGGGUCCUUUUAAAAAGAAAUGCUAAACUAAAAUACUACUUUAAAUUAACACAAUUUUAAGAUAAUCAUUUUUAUACAUCCAUAAUACUAAAUGUAAAUUUUAAAACCAAAUAGACUAAUAUAUAUUUAAUUUUCUUGUUUUUAACAUUCAUUGUUGAUAAGUUCCUUUCUCUAGAUAUGAUGUAAUUCUUAUUAAAAUGUAUAAUAACUAAAAUUUUAGGGGACACAAUGCUGGUUCUGUAUCACUGUAUUAUGCAUUAUUUCUGAAGAGAACUACACACUAGAGAGUGAUUUAAGCUAAGCGUGCAGUGCUGUCUGUGUUUAUAUGAGAAAAUACAUGCGUCUGGUAGAUUUUAUAGAAAGAAAUGUUUUAUAUUGCUUUGUGUGUAACGUGUGGCCUGAAGGACAACCCUCAGUAACUAGACAUCACAAUGAGACAAGUCUGUAGUUGUUAGUAUACGUCACUUAAUAAAACCUAUGAAUGCAUAGAUACAGCUAUUGAAACUAAUUACAUCUAACAAAGUGGUCUUGCCAGAAAAGUCCGCAAAUAAAAGCAACUAUUCAAAUAGUUAGGAAAUUAAAUUCCAUUGAAAGGAAACUGCUGCUUUCUCUAUUAGCCACACAGCUAUACCAUCUCUAAAAGGUUUUGUUUUGUAUAUGAUUCACAUUGUCUCAGUUGUGAUAAGAUUGAUGAUAUAAAUAUGUAAUUUAUAUGGCACUUAAUGUUGAACUGUAUUUUGUAUAUACUAUAGAAUUGCUUAAGAAAUGUCUUAACACAUUUUAUUCUAAACAAACCAUAUGUAUCUGAUGCUUAGGGGGCUUUGCUAGUAUCCACAAUUCCUUGUUGCUCUAGGGGUCACAGCCAGGUCUGUAGUGAGGUUCUACAGUCCCAGGUACUGUAUGGUGCACUUGGGGAAGGGGGGGGACCAGGUAAGUGUUUCACCUGCUCCGGCAAGCAGUAACCUCCUCUUCAGUGGCAACAUCUUUCCGGUGAUAUUCGUGAAGAUGGUGCAUGUGCACUAGAGAGCAAAGUCUUUGGUACAGUGCCAGAGUCUUUGCUUGCACUGUAUGGAGCCAUCUUCCUGAAGGUGUCACUGGGAAGAUGGCGGCGCGGAGGAGAGACAUGCUUGCCAGAACCAGGUAAGUAUACUGAAGGGGGUGUGGGCCAGGGCCCCUCCAACAUGCCUGUGCUGGGUAAUUAGUACCCGCCCCCUCCUCUUUUUAUGCAGCUCCUAAAGAGUAAUUCUGAAUUACUCAACAUAAAGGUGACUUUUAACUUUCACAAAAGAGCUCAUAAAGUGUACAAAUAUAUAAUAAUGUCAAUGAUUUAAUUGUGAGUUCAGCAAGUAAUGCAUACAUAAAAAAUAUUUGUACAAUUAAUAAAUAUACAGACUUAUCCCUAGAAUAAAUAAAAGCAUUAGUCCAUGCAAUAAAAGAAGAAAGAUGUAAGUUAAUUAUGUCCCAGACGGAUGAUUAAAUUCUCAAUUCCAGAGCCUCAGAAUUGAGGAUUAAUCCAAAAAAGUCUUGACGUUACACUGUAUAUCCAAUGUGGUACUACAUGCCAGACUAAUCCGGUGCCGAUAUCUUUUAGAAUAUCAAUUAUAUACAGUAGCUUUCAAAAUGAUUCAACCACCAGCUGUGAAGUACCUGCUAUGUAAUGAUGGGGCAUUAUUUAUUAUCAUUAUUAUUAUUAUUAAUUUACAUAUUUUAUUGUAUGGACUAAUGCUUUCAUUUAUUCCAGGGAUAGAGUUUUUUUAUUUAUGUAUUUCUUGCUGAACUCACAAUUAAACAAUUACAGUUUUAGUACAUUUGUAAAUGUUUGUGCUCUUUUGUGAAGGUAAAAGUCGCCUUUUAGAGUGUGCGUCUUAUUAAAGCUGCAACACCAGUUUAGCUGUGUGAUCGUCUUGGCAAGUGAUUAGCUCCAAAACUAAUUAAGCACUUUUAGGGCCUGAAUCUGAGGAGGGAUUAAAGCAAAAAAAAGAGCCAGUAACUUCCCACGUGGGCAAAACCAUGCUGCACUGCAGGUGGGUUCAGAAAUCAAAUGUGCGCAGAGAUUUAGAUUUGGGUGGGGUGUGUCCAAACUCAAAUCUAAAACUGUGGUGAAAAAAUAAAUGUGUCCAGCAUUUAUGAACUAUAUGCAGUGGCAGUCAGUAUUUACCCUGCAUGCAAAUAAAUUAAUGCAUUUGUAUCCCUUGCAGUGCAACAUGACUUGUCCAUGUACACAGUUACUUGCUUGGUUUUGGUUUACUCCCAAUUUAGAAUAAGGCCCUUAGUUUUUAUACCUGUAAUAUGGAAGGGAUGCGUCUAGCAUCCACGUGUCGGGAUGCCGGCGGUCAUGUGAUCGACGCCGGAAUUCCGACACCACUCAGGAGACCUGCGCCAGAUCACCGACAGCCAGCAUCCCGAAGGUGAGUUUCUGGGUAUGGAUUAGGAACUAGGAGGGGGUUAGCCAUAGCCGACACCCCCCAAGGGUUAGCAGUAGCCGUCACUCCCGGGGGGUUAGCCCAAGCCGCCACCCCCAAAGGGUUAGGGUAGGGGAAAGAGGGAGGGUAGAAAUACUUACCUCCUCCGAUGUCUGGAUCUUCACUUUCAGGAUGCCGCAGACGGUCAUGUGACUGCUGGCAUCCUGAAUGGUGGGAUAAAGUAUGUAUUCCAUAUGGAAUAAUAUCUGUAUUGUUUAAGGUUCUCUUACUAGUUUUCAGUACUGGAUUCAACACUCAGUGGCAGAAAUCAAGCUGAAGAGCUGAUUUAUUAAAAUAAAGAUCAGUUCAUGAAUACAUUAAAUAAUUAGGUAGAUUUAGCUAACAUUGCUGCUUCUCAAUAUGGGGGGUGAUUCAAUGUCAUUUGGUCACCCACCACUAGAGACAGCAAUUGUAUUGUUCUGCUGUUGGAUCGCGAGUGCAGUGGGUGGUGACAUUUCUGCUUGCAGCUUCCUGAAGUGGGAGCAGAAAUGUGCUAAAAGUGUCCCAUUUGGAUGCCCAAAUGACACGUUUUACAUCGCGGGCAGGACUUUAAUUGGGUUUAUCUGCUUUGGUGGCUAAACCAGGUGCUUUUUGGCACGUCAAAAGUAAUGGGCACCCUAUUGGAGCAGCUCUUGAAUCACCCCCUUAAUAUCUGUCCCGCAUCCUGCAAGCUUCUGUCUCCAGUGAGAGCCAGUUAUUAUUACCAUGGAAUAAUACAGCCACUUUACAAUGUUGAAUUAGUAGAGAUUUCUUUAUUUUGAGUCAAUUGCAUAAAUUGAUUUGUGAUGGCUCAGCCUGGAAUAGUGUCUCUAUGCGGGUUAGAUGGAUACACCCAGAGAAACCAUAUUCAGGAUUUUAUAUAACUUUAGAGAUUCUUGUUUUACAUGUUAGAACACAUGCAUAGUACCAAAUAGAUUACACAUGCAUAGUUCUAAAUAGGUUUUGGCAAGGACAGUAUUUGUAAUUAAAUAUAACAAGAACAAAAAAAAUAACGAUGCAAGUUCUAACAAAAAAGAAUGUAAAAUAUAUUUAUCACACACAUUAAUGAACAUUGGCAGAACAAACUGUAUGUUCCACAGAAAAUUCCAUUCAUAACCAGAUUAUCUACCUUUGUCUUAAUUACUUUUUGUAACUUUCAUUUAUAUAAGGAGAAAUAAUAUCACCAAAAUCAAGAUAAACUUUUAAUGCAAUUAACCCUUAUAUUGUCCACAGCUGAGAUCUGAUGUAUCAGCUGCAACAGGAUACAGUAUUCCCCCACAUCCAUGAUUUGCAGCCUUAUAAACUCAAUAGCAGUAGGGCUUGCUGCAGUAGUACAAAUGGAAAAUCUGAAUAGAUGGACUCACGUUGGCAUACUGUAGCUGUGAGGCUAAUGAAUAAAGUACAAUCUGACCCUUUUCAUUGGCAACCAGCCAAUAAGAAGCAGCUAGAAAGUGCAUCUGGUGUCACAUCACGUAUAGCUACACCAGGCGUCCCAUACCCACAGCUGAUAGCAAGUUUGCUGACACUAAAGAAGUGGGGCUCAGUGCAGUUAGUUCUCAUUCAAAGAAAAAUAACUGGAAGUCCAUACAGUCAUGUUACAUGAACAGAUCUACAUAAUCCGGCCACAUUGGUCACAGUGUAGUCAACCGGACUGUUAAAAAAAACUGUCCAAUUCUUAGGGGUAUAUGCAAU